AUGCCUCUAACCUGCUUUGUUUCGGAGCUUAUUGCGACAUAUCAUUCGCAGCGGAUUCACCGUGGAAAUAUUAAUUUUGGUGCCAGAAACUCGGCAAUCGAUGCUCUUGUUUCUAAAUGUGAAGCAAUUGUCCGCUCUUACGAUAUGGCUCUUGAACAGCGUGCAAAAGACGACCUUCUUUCCAAAGCCUCUAAAAAGAAAAAGAAAGAUCUUUCUGACUCGGCCCCGAUCGUUGAUAAAGACGGAUUUACCACAGUUGUUCACAAAAGGGGUCGAAACAUUGCUGCAUCUCUUGAUUCCGCACCAACACUCUGCACUCAUAGCACCAAUGAUUGUCUUUUCGCUUUCUACGACCCAUCCAGUGUCAAACCAGUGGAGGGACUGGAUAAAUACCAGGACCCUGCUAUUAUCCCAAAUUUUUAUCGAAGGGACCGGAAAACCAAGAAUUUUGAAGAAAUUCGACAGUUGAGAGAUCUGUUCAACAAGGAUCGCAAACGUAUCGCUGAGCAGCGUAUGAAGCGAUCGGCCCUUAAAUAA